UUCUGGUUGUCCGUCUUCGCCUUGUCGGCAUUACUGGUAAUGUGUACGUCGCCUGUUCUCUAUCAUGCCCCUCCGCGGUCCCUUUCUGCGGGGAGAACAAGCUACUCAUGGCCUCAAGUCGAUGUUCCCGAGACUUGGCCAUUACACACCGUUGUCGACGUUUGCUGAGCAAGCCGAUGCGGGAUUGACCUCCACGAGUUUCGACAUAGAAGCGAACAUCCGGGAGGGCGAUUCGAGGGCUGGUCUGGACGAGCGUGGUACGCAGGAGGUGAUGGAUAUCAUGCGCCGUGAGCGAGUCAACUUUGAUCAGGCAAGGUUAAUCAGGCAGAACCAGAUCCUGCGUGCCAAUGGCAUUGACCCCUCAGGUAUGCCGCUUGAUGCCAAAGCCGUGACUCACUUGUGAUGAUACGCCACGCCUCCUGUAUUUUUUCUGCUGCAUGUACUAUC